GGUCCACGUCCAUUCUCUGGGAAGCGGUGACAUGCAGUGGGAGGGCUCAUUCCAGCCGCCGCACUUUUCCGGACGCAAUUCUGCACUACAUUGCCAGAUUUUCCGCCAUGGCAUCUCAACUGAAGAGUCUGGUGAAUGAUGACAACAGGUACCAGAAAUCUUUCCAGCUGUUUUUGGAGCGCUCCUCUGAACACCAGUGCAUGCAGGACUUCAUCCACAAAAUGCUGCCAGACAUACUUGCCAGCAUCGGUGACGGGAAGCCACAUCUAAAUGUCAUUGGAGUUGGGAGCGGAGCUGGUGAGAUUGACCUAGAGAUGCUCUCUGAGCUCCGUCAGAAGCACCCAGGGGUGACUGUGGAUAACGAGGUUGUGGAGCCUAGCAACCAGCAGCUACAUAACUACAAAGUUUUGGUGUCGCAGAAGCCAGAUUUAGACUACGUCAAAUUUAACUGGAACAAGAUGACUGCAGCCGAGUUCGAGGAGCACUGGAGAGCCAAAAAGAUGACGAAGAAGGCAGACUUCAUUCACAUGAUACAGAUGCUGUAUUAUGUGAAGGAUCCCGGAGCUACCAUCAACUUCUUCCAGAGUCUCCUUGAUAAGAAUGGGAAGCUUCUUAUCAUUCUAGUGUCUGGGGAGAGCGGCUGGGGGACACUGUGGCGGACUUACAGGAGUGAACUGUGUAACACAGAAAUAAGCCAGUGUGUGACCACUGGAGACAUCAAAAGCUUCCUGGACUCCAAGGGAGUGAGGUACCAGAACUACGAGCUGCCAUCUCAAAUGGAUAUCACCGAGUGUUUCACCGAGGGGGAUGAGAAGGGAGAAUUGCUUCUCGAUUUUCUCACCGAGGUGCUGGACUUCAGUAAGACAGCCUCACCUGAACUGAAAGCCGGCGUGCUGAAGAUGCUUCGGCAUCCAGACUGUAGCGUGGAGUCCAAUGGCAAAGUUAUGUUCAACAACAACCUCGGAGUGAUAGUCUUAGAUCAGCUCACGGAAGAUCAGUAGAAUGAAUGUUAAAUAUUGAUGACGCCAAUUAAUUAUACACGGCAGGAAACCUUUUGUUUUACAUGAUCACAUCACCCAGUUGAUUUUUUUUCUAUUAUGUGUUGAUUAAUGUAUUUUUUUUAAAUAAUUUUAUAUAAUGUUUUCUGAAAACUGAGCAAGGCAUUUUUUUUAAAUGUUAAAAAACUGUAUAUUUAGAUUUUACCAUCGUAUACAUUUUAAUGGGCUACAGUUGACAGGCUACGCUGCCAGCCUCAUUACGGCGCUGCUUUCUUUGGGUGAUAUGUCCUUAGAAAUCUAACAAUAAACUGAAAAUUGACUGAAAGCUGAAAACUAA